CUUUGGUUACAGCUAGUAGAAAUUGCAGUGCAUGAAAGUCUACUAGUAAAUCUCUUUUGUUUAUCGAGGUCACAUCCAGUCUCACGGCAGCCACACAGUGAAUGCGCCGGCUUCCGCGUCUGAUCCCACAGCUGAUGAUCAGUCCGGCUGUGAUCCGGCCUCACUCACUUGCUUUGUCGAUUGUAUUGUCUUCCUUCCCACAUCCGUCAUGGCAAGCGAGCGCAUUGUCCACCCAGGCCAAAGCGCGUUUUUUCGUUCAAAAAGCCACCUGUUUCGGGUAUGAACCCAUUGUGAUUCCGUGGAACCCGUUAUCCUCUUCCCCUCAUGCGCGCUGCAAACGCCCUCGCCGGGCCCUCGGACGCGUCGACUGAUACGGGGCACCGCCCGCGUUCAGGCCACACCUGGGGCUAUCUCGAGAUCGCCGACACGACCGACUCCGCGCCGAAAAGACGCGUCAAUCUGCGGGGAUACCUGCCGUACCUGCUGGGCUGCACGUCCGGCGACCAGCCGCUCUCGGAGGCCAUGAUGACGUGCUUGGGUGGCGACUUCGUGCCGGUGCCGCUCCCGGCGAUGCAUGGGCACCGCAGUGGCGGUGCACUGCUCUUGGAGUGGAAUGGGCGCGUUGACUCCCUGCGCGGAUUCAACGCGACCAGCUUUCUCGGCGAGGAUGGGGAGGAAGAGGGUGUGGUUUACAUCAACGACAACCCCGCCGUGACGUGGCAGAUCAUGUCGCUGCCCCAUGGCGCGCGGAUCGUCAUCGCAAGUCCCGCUUUUCCCAUAGCCUCGUUCACGUUCUGUGUGACCCUCCCCCCUCCCAAGACCCAACUCAUCCGGAGCCACUACGAAGUCAUCAAGCAAAUCGGCCACGGCGCCUUCAGUGCGGUGUACUACGUGAAAGACGUGCGGGAUGGGUACUGCUAUGCGCUCAAGACCCCAGAAGGGUGUACCAUCGCGAGUAUACUGGCCGCUGCGUCCCAAGAGGUCAUGGCGCUCAUGGCCCCACCGCAUCCCAACGUGUGCAGGAUGUUUCAAUGCGACUAUGGGACCGAUAUGAAGAGUUGUGAUAUGAUCCUGGAAUACAUCCACGGGAUCCCGAUCCACCGAUUCGUCUCUGAAUGCGGCUUCGUUCCGGAAGCACAAGCCAGGCACCUGGCCUUCCAGCUAUGUGUUGGUCUCCGACACAUGCACAAGGAAGGGAUAUCGCACGGAGAUAUCAAGGGCGAUGUAGGACGCUCUGAUCAAUGUAGUUUUAUCCUGCUAAGAAGGUCCCAGAAUGUACUAGUGACACUCAAUGAAGUAGGCCAGCCCCUGAUCAAGAUCAUUGACUUCGGACUGGCCCGAGUCAAGGGAAACCUGAACUCGCUGCUGUCGCCAUCCAGGACAUGCUACACAGCUCCAGAGGCAGGCCCCCAGUUUCGCGGCCUGGAUGGCAAUGUUUCCUGUGCACAGAUCCAGCUGUGGGACAGCUGGGCUUUGGGCCACCUGGUCUUCUUCAUUCUGGCGGGAACCUACCCGUACUUCAAGCACGGGGCGUUCACGACGGGGAUCGACGAGGUCAACUGGCGCGCGUUGCGGGACAAGCCCGGUGUCGGACCAGCAGCUGUUGCAUCUGCAACUCGCUGGCCGAGCCGUGGUUCUCCGGCUUCCGUCCUGAAGUUCGCGUUUUCGGAGCGCUGGAUGUUCCGCCCUCACCGGGAGAUGUGGGCUGAUUCGCAAGAGUUGUGGUCUGAAUCUGAGCACGAUACUCAUAUGGAUGGCGAGAAUCAGGGCAGCGAAGAUACGGGUGGGCAGUUGGACGAUAUGGAUGUGGGCCGUGCUCUAGAUCCGCGGGCAGCCUCAAUGGAUCAGGACGUCGACAUGGACGCCUCCCCGCGAAAGGCUGUACCCAAGUUUACAAUGGUUCUGCGGAAGCGUAAUCCGGCCAGUCCACCGACUCCAGGGUCUCCAUCGAAGCAGAAGGGGAGAAAGAGGAAUUGA